CCCAUGAGUUGGCCAUCACGCAUGGUUUUUCUUACCCAACGCCUCUUUUCACUUAAUUGAUACCCUCUCCACAAUGGCUCCUCGUCAAUCAACGUCAGGGGCUUCACAAAAAUUGCGUUCCAGACCAAGCGAUGUACAGCCGGGCGAUCCAUUACCUACGAGACAGAAACGACGAUAUCGCCCAGGCACCGUUGCGUUGCGAGAAAUCAGGCAAUACCAGUCAAAUACGAAGCUGUUGCUACUAAAACUGCCAUUCAUGCGCCUUGUUCGUGAAAUUGGAUUGAAUUGUCGCCCGAGAGGAAAAGAUUUUAGAUGGCAGAGCCAGGCCAUUCAGGCGCUACAAGAGGCCGCGGAGGCAUUCAUGGUACAUCUUUUUGAGGAUGCGCAGCUGUGCGCUGUCCACGCAAAGAGAGUUACCCUUAUGCAAAAAGACAUACAACUGGCGAGGAGAAUUCGAGGCAUCUGGGGCGGCCUUGGUUGAAAUUGAAACAGUAGAGAUGGAAUCGGCAUUGAUAUAUCUAUUACUAUUAAUCUUUUACCUGGUCAUACACAGACAUAAAGUCUUGUGCGAGGUAACUUGUUUACGUACGAG